CCCGCCGCUAGGUAAAUACACCAGCUGGGUCACGGAAACCAGUUUAGACGAAGGAACCACUUGCGCCAUAACACCGCCACCGCGGCAGCUCCACUCACUGUCGUACUUGUUUAUCUUUUAAGUGUUAAAUUCAGACGCUGGUAAGUAAACCGAUAUUUUCUGCUGUAGUUACAUACACCCUUGUUCUGUGAAGGUCACAGGCAGCAGCCAUGAUUUCACCCGUAAUGGCAGAGAAGCAGCGGAAAGCGAAGCCGCUAAAGUAGUUCCUUUAACUUUGUAUUAGCUCUGCUCGAGCUAGCGUUAGCUUCGGGGGGCGGUGAGUUUGCUGGCAUCGACAGAGUAGACAUAUUAUAAUCACAAAUGUCAAAUACUUCUUUUAUGUGAGGUUUUAUUACCUGUUGUGUAAAACAGUCGCUAGCGUUAUAAAUAGUAAUAGACAGUGACUGGCUUCCUGAGUUUCCAUGAGAGGUAUGCUGUUCAAAGUAGCUAGCAGGCUAGCCUUAGGUUGCUAGCUACUAGUGGUCGUUUUUUCGUGUCUUUUAAAGAGAUACCAGCUUUAAAAACUUUUCUUUUCAAGUUAAUCUUUGUUAAUCAGUCCAAAUAAAAGUUGAUUUGACAUACUUUGUCAUUUUACCCUCCCCUCCCCCCUAGCCCCGCUCCUCAGGUUGUUGUGCUAUCUGAAGUUAGCCGGUUAAAUCUGGGUCAAGACAAAUCUGACUGUUGCAAUAGUUUUUGGCGACGUCUGAUCAGGUGUUGUCCGUGCUAAUGAAAGGUCGUCAUUUUCUUCAUUUUUAACUGUAAAGUAUGUGCGAAAGCUGAUUGUAGGCAGAUAGCUCGCUUUGACCUGCAGGAGAUUAGCAUUAGCAUGGUGUAGCCGGUGCUGCUGUCAGUGUGGUCAGUCUGAUCUCCUCUGUGUCAUCUAAAGGCCACCUGCGCUGCGGCCAAACUGGAAGGAGUCAUGGCACGGUUGGUAGCAAUCUGCAGGGAAGGGGAAGAGGACUACCCGUUCCUCUCAAGACAGAUCCCCUUGUACAUCGACGACAGUCUGACGGUGAGUAACCUUUCCUUUCUGCAUGGCCCAUGAAGAGGCUAACUCAUUCAUAAGCCUCUUUGUGUUUUCUCCUUGCACUCUUCAUGAGCUCCCAGAGGGAUUUAUUUCACUCCAAACAGGUUGUUUAAGUUAUGAAACACUGAUUAUUAUCACCAUUUUGAGCCCUCUAAUAUAAUGCAUUUUACCGUCAAAACCUGGGGAAUCUAAUACAACCCAGCAGAUCAAGCUCAAACUUCAAUUUGCUUCUGAAUGUUUCUUGACAUAAUCAGACAGGUGAUUUUUGUACUGUGUACUUAUUAUUGAAUAUGUAGUGGGUGCUGGUAGUGUAUUUAGCUCAUUAUCAAACCCAAUGAGAGUAAAAUAUUAGGAACACCGGUCAGUUUAAUGCACUCCAGUACAACACCAUCACCCAAAACAAUUGACCCAUUAUCGCCUGUCUGACCAUGUCAGCACAAACUGAAAUAUGGAAGCUUCAUAAAAUACAAAUUCAUGGCAGAGUUUUUGUAUCACUUUGCAUUUACCCUGAAUGUUAUUAUUGCUAGUUGGUAUAUGAUAUGACCCUGAAGUCAGCAUCUGAUCUGAUGGCAUUAUCACAAUCUGCAAUAAAGAAGAGGGUUUAGGAAAAUAGGUCCUCCUACCCCAGAGCCACUUUACCUGGAAAGUGCAGAAUCUUUAAAACACACAUCGAGAUUUGUGAUCCUGUCAUUCUACCUGUAACAGUGUAAAAGUGUGAGAUCGCUGCUACCAGGUCCUCAUCCAGAUCCACUACAGUUUGACUUGGCAGAUCAAGACGACAUUAUCCUAGAGGGCCUAUAGACUUUUAGAUUUUUGUAACCCUUUAUUCUGUUGCUGAAAAAUAAGUAUUAUUAUUAUUAUUAUUAUGAUUAUGAUUGUUAAUGGUAAAAAUCUAUAAUCAGAAGGAGCAAUAGGUCCCCACUUUUUUCCUUUUUUGAAACUAAAAUAAAGGUUUCACAGAUAUUAAACUGUUUGAAAAAGUCUGUUGGCGGUCUAGUCUAGAUUUGAAAAGUCAUAGCUUUGGGGUCUUUGAUCAGGAUAUAGAUAUGAAACUAGGUAUGGAAAAAUCAGUAAAAUUGCCCCUUUUGCAUCUACACAAAUAGAAUAAAGGUUUCACACCCCUUAAACUGUGUUUGAAGAAGUCGGUUGACAGUUUUUAAUUGUAUAGUCUAGAUCUGGCUAGUCCAGAUACAGUGGUUUUGGAACAGGUUGUAGUUUCCAUAACUUUAUUGUGAAGGCUGAACUGUGAUGGCACAAAAGAUGCUGUUCAGUGUCAUGUAACUGUAAAUAUCACAAUGCAUAUUUUGGAAAUAACCCUGCUAAAGGUGCAUUAACUGAUGGUGGUUGUGAUGACACUCAAGAUAUUAUAGUGUGACUUGACAUCAGAUGCUGGGAUCACAGGGUAACUCAUAUGCACCAUAAUACCAGAGAAAACAUGGUUCAGCAAUUCUGCAAAAAUUCUGCAAAACAUGACAACGUCUUUAACAAAUAGUUUUAUGGUUAACUGAAGGAUUAAUGUGAUCUGCAUUGGCGUGUAAAGUCAUGAAGUAGUGAUGCAGUGAAUGGAAAUCUAGAUGAAGUUAUGCGUUAGGUUUAAACAAAAAUGACGUGAAAUAGCACCAUUGUGCACUAAUUGUAUUAUUACUAUAUUCUUAAUUUGUCCCUAUUCUACCUGGUAUAUUUAUUUCAAUGACUUCUAUCCUGAAUGCAUUUUUCCUCAAAUUACAACAAAUGUCAUAUUUUUUUGGACAUGCUAAAAGGUCAGCCUGUAUUUUUGCCCUUUAACAGUGACUUUGACUGUGACACAUUAUUAAUACCAACAGUGCCAGACAUUUUCAGAAUUGAGAUUAUGGCCUGUAUGGUUGAUCAAACCAGCUGAUUUGUGGUGGUGGAUAUUGCUCUAAUAGGCGUUUACUGUUCUCCUUAUCUUUUCAUGACAGAUGGUGAUGGAGUUUUCUGACAGUGUCAUAGACGUUGACAGCAAUGAAAUAAAUGCAUCUCACUGGAAGCAAUUUUCUGAGGUGAGUAGUUGUAGUUUCACAGUGUAGCUCCUGUUAUAAUGUAUGGAGGCAUGCACAUUAUUCCUUUUUACGAUAUUUACAUGAGCAGAUGCAAAAAGCAAAUGGUUUGUCUUGAACAAUGUCAACAGUGUAAUAAUAGAUUUACCAUUGUUUUGCCUUUAGCAUUACUCUAAGCUGAAGCAGCAGGACUUGAAUAUGGCCCUGAUGGUGACGUCCAGGGAGGUAUACAGUGCCCUGUCUCAGCUGGUGCCAUGUGUAGGCUGCAGACGGAGCGUGGAGCGUCUCUUCUCCCAUUUAGUAGAAUCAGGGAACCCGGCCCUGGAGCCCCUCACAGUGAAACCUACAGGCAUGCUCUCAGUCACCAAAGCCUGUUUAUCUGACGUGAAGAAGCUCUACACUCUCUUCUACGUCCAUGGGUGAGCUACAGAGAGAUGGGUCUUCAUUUUCACUGCUUUAUAAUGCUGCUUCAGCGUCUUGCUUUGUUGAGAACCAUAAAGCAGAAGAGAAACUUGUACUAGCGCUGUAGUAUAACGUUAACAUUCUGGUUGUCUGUAUCAUAAUUGCAGGUCAAAGUUGAAUGACAUGAUCGAUGCCAUUCCCAAAAGUAAAAAGAACAAACGCUGCCAGCUACACUCCUUAGACACACACAAGCCUAAACCUCUGGGGUGAGUAAUGCAACUGUUGUAACUGUUGUCUUCAAUAAUGUUUUACGCAGAGUUGUUUGUCUCUAAACAGCAUUAAAGAGGGGAUUAAUAGAUAGUGUAUGUGCGGCAAACUAUGUUACAGCAUGUCAUGUUAAUACUAGAUUGGCUAGCUUAAUCUUCUCCCUCUUAAAUUGUUAGUGACACAUGAAAAAAGCAGUUAAGCUCAAUCUCUGUCUAGCCUACAGAGGUAGCGUUGAAGCACUUAGGGUUUAUUUUCUAAGUCUUGUUAAUGUGUGAAGACGUGAACAGCCUGUGGGUGUAUUUCACGAAGGACCAUGUUUUGUAGGAAGUACAGCACAUGAAAACUAACACCAUCACUCACAAUUAUGAAUUUAAAUAAAUCUAAAUAUCAAAAUAUUAACUAACUUGUAGAAGACACUCACAUGAUUCUAUCAGUCCUGCUGUUAAAAAACAUUUGAGUAACUUUGCUGUUGGUUUAAAUAAACAUUGACUUUUCAUCAGAUGGUAGUUCUAAUUUGGUUUCAAGUUCAGGGAAGAAAAAAAACAGGUGACAUCAGUUCUCCUCAAACUUAUAAUUAAUCUGUUAUAUUAACCAAGCAAAUAUCUACCAGUGCGACCUUUGCUUUAAUGUUUGUGCACACCUUUGCAUUUGAAAUGCUUUUACAUUGUGUUGUGAGGGGAAAUGCAGAAGUGGGUGUCUGCUCUCAAGUCAGGAUGUGGAUGUUGUUCAUUGUUUAACAUCGGUACAAUUUAAGUGAAAUGAACAUAUUGGAGCUCAUGGCAUCUAAUAUUCUAGGUAUUUUACUGAGGAGUCGGUGGAAACAAACCCAAGAGUUAACAGAUAGAAGAGUUGACUUAAAUUUACUAUAUGGAGGGAAAAAAGAGUUGUGGAUGCAUCCUUGCAAACUUUCAAAAAAUGUCACCUUACCAGCUCACCAAGUUUGUCAGCGUUACUCAUGCAGAUUAUUUGCCCCUCCUGAGUGGCCUAUGAAGUUUCUGAAGGUAAAAGAGAUGAUUCAAGUCUAAUUUCAUCUGUUUGUUUGCUUACAGGGGAAGCUGGAUGGAUGUUUGGGAGCUCAUGUCUCAGGAGUGUAGAGAUGAGGUGGUCCUCAUUGACAGCGCCUGUCUUUUAGAGACCCUGGAGACAUAUUUGCGUAAACACAGGUAAUGUGUGACCAUUGUAGCCUCAUUCAAAAUAUUCUAGUUCUAUUCUCUUUAAGGCUAUGUAGGUUUAGAAGGAACUGCAUUAAAGCUUAUUACUGCGUUGUCCACAGGUUUUGCACCGACUGUAAGAACAAAGUUCUGAGGGCAUAUAACAUCCUGGUGGGAGAGCUGGACUGCAGUAAAGAGAAGGGCUACUGUGCUGCCUUGUAUGAAGGGCUAUGCUGCUGCCCCCAUGAGCGCCACAUCCACGUGUGCUGUGAGACUGACUUCAUCGCUCACCUCCUUGGCCGGGCAGAGCCGGAGUUUGCAGGAGGUUAUGAGUAAGUAAAGUCCUCAGCAGUGAAGGUUGCAGUGCUCACUUUCACCACUGAUGAAGUUGAAUUUCAUGCCAUGGUCCUCUCUUUUUCCAUUUACACACGCAGUAUAUGAUAUAUAUUUUGUUUGUUUUGUAGACGCAGAGAGCGACAUGCCAAGACCAUUGACAUUGCACAGGAAGAAGUCCUGACUUGUCUGGGUAUUCAUCUGUAUGAGCGGCUGCACAGGAUCUGGCAGAAGCUACGGGCAGAGGAGCAGACCUGGCAGAUACUGUUCCAUUUAGGAGUUGAUGCACUACGCAAAAGCUUUGAGGUAAACAACGUAAAAAUUCAAACCUAUUUUUUUAAGAUAAUUAGCACAUUAUGACACUUGGUAAUCCAUCUGUUACCAUGCCCUUUAGAUGGCUGUAGAGAAGAUGCAGGGGAUCAGUCGGCUGGAGCAGUUUGUGGAGGAGCUGUCUGAAGAGGAGAGAGCCAAAGAGCUGAAGCAGGAGAAAAAAAGGCAAAAGCGAAAAAAUCGGCGGAAAAACAAGUGCAGCUUUGACAUGUCUGAACAGGACGUGGACGACAAGGAGAAAACAGAUGAGGUAAUCCUCCUAUCAGUCAGCGUUUGACAUUGAGUAUUGUGCAAGAGAGCAACACAUCCCUUAGAUCAUAUAUAACUCUGACCUGUGUCUGUUUCAGGGCUCUCUUGAGUCUGUGGAGGGCACGUGCAAAGUCUGCGGCAGCCAAGAUGAGGAGGAGGAGGAUGCCGGGUGUGACGAGGCAGCUGCCAACAGCAGCACAUCUUGUAACUGCCCAGACAACACCAAACAGAGUAAGGGAAAUGCACUUGGACAACUAUUGUCACAGUUUAAAUGUACACCAACUGACUAAAAAUGUUAUUCAUGUACCAUAAUUUAAAUCUAGCCACACUUGUGCAAAUAGUGACAAGCCUAACAAAGAUAUCACCAAAAACCCUCAAACAGGUUUCCUUGUGGAGGCAGCUUCAUUUAAGGAAAAACUACUGUUAAAAAAUAAAACAUCAAGCUUUACAGAAUGUGCAUUUUUGGCUGUUUUUCUGCAGAUUUGUCCCCACGCAGCAUUGGCAGUGACUGUGGCUACUCCUCAAAUACUGAGAGCAGUGAGAUAGGAUCACGAGAAGGUUCUGAUGUCGCCUGCUCUGAGGGAAUAUGCAACCAUGAUAUAGCAGGUCUGCUUUAGAUGGCUUUAAGAUGCUAUGAUUUCAAAUAGUCACUAUUUGUAACUAUUUGUUUUAAAUAUUCUUGUGAUCUUUUGGAGCUUUUUUCACUGUUUUUUUUUUUUUUAACCCUCGGCAGCUGAUGACUCAAACACCCAUCAUGGUGCUGAAGACAAAGAGGAGGAUGCAAUAGACAGUUGUGUGGACUGUUGGCCACUCUCUGAUGAAAACUCACAAUGCAAGAGUAAAAAGAAGAAAAGGAAGGGCAAGGGUUUAUGCAACAAUCAGGUAAGAGGAGUGUCUAUCUAUAGAGAUCAAAAGCUGUAUGCUAAAUAUUUAAAGGUUUGUUCAGAUUGAAACGUGCUGUUUUCUACAGGGACUUAAAGCUGAAGGUUGCAUGCCAGGCAGGAACACAACAAGCCACAGUCCACCAUCACACUCUUGCCGAACCAAAGAAAUCUUCUCCUCCUUGUGUGGUGAUAAACUUGCCAGCAUUGCACUACGAUUACCGUGGACAGCCCAUCAGAAGAACCUCAGCCUUAAUGGGAGCCCUGCAGAAGCUAACAUCAGUCUGGUGGAACUUCUGGUUAGUCAGAUAUUCAAUUUCAAUUAAAUACAGAAGACCAUUUAACUUGUUAUGAUGGGAGAAGUACGGCUGUAAGUAUUGAGUAUAACAGACGCUGUCCAAGUUGUGCUGUUGAGUCAUUAACUGUGCGUGAAAGCCCAUAAUGGCAAGGCCCUGAACUUGAAAAUUAGUUCUUAGUUAUUUAUCCCCUUGGUUUUAUAACAAAAGUUUUAGUGUUGUCCCUGAGACCUGCAAUCCUUUCUUUCUCAACUGGUUCAACUGUACUCAGCCUCGUGUUCUCAUUGUGCAUUUUGAGCAUAUUGAAAAAACUACCGAAAAGGUGACAGAUAUUUUGAAAAGUAUUCAAACAAUGCAAAAGUUGAUUUUAAACAUCAAAGUAAAUUUUAUUUUAUUCAGUUUAUUCACCUGAAUUGAAGUGGGAAUAUGUAAUACUUUUAAUUCCCACCCCUUCUCUGUUAUCAAUUAAUCAUCCAGGCUGCCUCCCCAUUUCAAAUUGACUUACACAUUAAGAAACAUUUGUUUUUUUUAUUCAGUUUUAAGUACAUAAAUAAUAAAUCUUAUUCAAAAAGACCAAAUAUCAGUGUGGCACUAGAUGAGGAAAUGAGAGUACUUCUUCCUUCAUUUAGUUCCUCAGAAAACAUUUCCUUCUGCAGUUUGCUGUCAGACACUGGGGUCAAGACUUUUUCAAUACAGCAUGGUGUCUACUUUUUUAAUUGGUCUUAACCUUUCUCUCUUUCCCUUUGUUCUUAUUUCUACAGGAUGACUCAGAAGUGGCUUCAGAUGAAGAGAACUGUCUGACACAGGAUGAAAUUCAGGCAUUUUUAGAAAGAAACCAGUCCUUCUACAACAACCGCCACCGGUACCGACAGCUCCUGAAAGAGAAAUUCACCAACUACUGUCGCUCCAAUGAGCCAAGUAAACCCGUCUGUGGAAAGUGGUUUGCCACCACUAGUGUCAACUAACUGCACUAACAGCAACCCUCCUGGGAAAAACACUCGUGACCACUGCUGCAACGUCUUUACGAAAGAUAACUAAGUACAUUCGGUGUAUGGUUCAGUCAUUUCUCUUUUUUUUAAUGCAAAUGUGAUUCUGACUUUCUGUUGCUCUCUCUCCCUUUUGCACUUGUACACAAACACACUUUUUCAUCUCAUUUCUUGGCCACGUCAUCACGUCGUGAUUGUUCUCUUUGACCAAGCCUAGCUCUGUGUCGUUGGUCUUUUGUAGGGUCAUUGGGUAAGAGCACAGUGGAAUCUAAUCAAGCUUUGCAAGCUGUGAUGUUAGGGAUACAUUUUAGGAGUCUUAUUUUAUGUAUUCUUGUUUUUUCUAUUUUUGUUUCUCUUUGGUGACACUUCAAUGUAGUGGUAAAGGUUGUACCAUUAAAUGUGUACAGAAAUUCUAAACAUAGAGAUUUUACAGAGAAUAAACAUCCAUUUGUAAUGAGAAUCUGGGUGUAAUGUCAAGAGCGCAAUGUGCAAAAUUUACUAAAUAAAGAGUAUUUAUUAAUAUGCAUUAA